AUGCUUAAAAUGCUGAACAGUGUUGAGAGAAUAUCGCCAAUUAUUCCGAAGUUAAAGCAACAACUAGUCUUCUUAGAAGAACGUGAAAAGUUGUUUCGACAAAUAAAUGGUAAUUCGAUUGCAAAUGAUGAUUCGUUUUCCAAUACAUCUUCGAUACCUAAAACACCAUCAUCUAUUUCCACAAGUUCUCAAAUAACACCUUCUGCUUCGACUAAUCCAACAACUAUCAAUUCAUUACUAACAUCCGUUGAUAACUCAGUAUCUCAUCGAUCUGUUAUUCCACCGUUACCAAACGUUUUAACAAAAGAUAUUGAAGCUGGAGUUCUCAGUAAUUUUCGUCCACAUUGUCAAGGCCGGCAGAUAUUAGUUGAUGCGGUCGUCCAUGAUCUUGUUGAAAACUACAAUCUGUUGUAUCCAACAAAAGCACAGUAUCAUACUAUUGGAACAGCUCUCGUCAAAUGUCUAAAAUUGCCUGUGACACCGGAAAAUUUAGGAAUAUGGAAAGAUGCUUUACAGACAAAGCUGAAGCGAACACGUACUCAACAUUCUGGUAUUGAUCUUGUUCAAGAAUUUCGGUUAAAAUACUCAAAAAUCGGGUCUGGACGUCCAGUCAAGCAGAAAAUAGGAGAGGUUGCCGAACGUGACAAACACAAACAGCUGGUGUUGAUUCCGUACGAUGAAAUUUCAAAUGACAUUGACACAAAAGUUGAACAAUUGAAAAACUUGUCACAAUUCGAUCACAAUACUCAGUUGCGUUUGUGGAGAGAGACCUUUGCUCGUCGUCGACAAACUGUAAGAGCUGGAUCAACAAAUGAUAUUUUGAAACAAUUUCCGGCUUACAGUAAUGCUUUCUUUAUCUUCGAUGAAGUGAGAAUGCUGGUGAACAUUGAUCUUAGUAGUGAAGUUCGACGACAGAUUCCUAUUUUGUUGGACAAGUUACUCGAAACUCCUGUGUUUGUCACUGAUUCGCCUCCAAUUAGAUUGAUCAAAGCUUUGUGUAAAUUGUUUGGGGAAACUACUCAACAUUUAUUUUGUGAUAAAGAACCUCCAACGCCGUAUCCAACACUGGUGUGCAUGGAUGAUCUAAUCUACGUAUACGUUGAUUUUCUUCCAAUCGUAUCAACAAACUCACCGGACGAUGCAUUGGCUCUUCUCGUUUCGAUGUAUACGAUUUUCGAAUUAUCAUUUGACAAAAAAAGUCGAACCAUCCGUUUGUUAUAUUCUGUGUUGCAUGGGGACAAGCAGUUUCUCUCAAAUUCCGUUCGAUUGCUAAUCAAAGAGAAAAGCAUUAACAUUCAUCGAGAACGACCACAAUUGCCAUCAACUUCUCCCGAUUCUUUUCGAAAUAAUCCGACAACAAUUAAUACUACACCUGUAAGUCGAACGCAAAUGGAUACAAACGUAUCCGAUAAUCUUACUGCUGAACAUGCUUCUGUCACCAGCCGAACAAAAGAACAAACAACUUUACCUAAAGAUUCUCGUUCAAGUGCAGAUAUGGAGUCUGAUGCAAACAACAACGAUGAGAAUGAUGUAUUCUCAUCAUCGGCAUCAUCGUUCAGUCGUAAUCCUAUUCAACGUCAAGCAAGAGAGAGACGAAAACGAAAGCAGAGUCUUGUCGAAGACGAAGAGAUUGAUACAUCUACGAACAAUUCUGCUCGAGAAGAUCGCGAAUUUUUAUCGGUAGAUCAUCUUCCCAUGAAUGACAUUACAAAUUCAUGCAUUUCGCGGCGUUAUUCAAGACGUAAACGACGUGCUUAG